AUGAGGAACUUCUGUGCCUUCAACGCUUUUCUAUCAACUCUGGAGCCUCGCAAUCACAAAGAAGCCUUAGAAGACUCUGACUGGAUCAUUGACAUGCAAGAGGAACUCAAAGAAUUUGAAAGAAAUCAGCAAAAAUACGUCAAGGAACUUCUGAAGAAGUACAACCUUGAUACAGCAAAGAUUAACCACACUCCCAUGGGAACAAACUCUAGACUAGAUGAAGAUCCCUUGGGAACUUGUGUGGAUCAAACUAAAUACAGAGGUUCCAAUUUAAUCCUAAAGUCGCAUCUCACUGCCGUCAAAAGAAUACCGAGAUAUCUUAAAGGGACGGAUGACUUGAGUUUAUUCUACCCAAGAAGUGAUACAUUUGACCUUUAUGGAUUUGCUGAUGCUGACUAUGCUCGGGAUUUGGUAAAUCGCAAGAGCACUUCACGUAUGGUUCAAUUCUUAGGCUCUUGUUUAGUUUCUUGGAGUUCCAAGAAACAAAAUACUGUUGCUCUAUCCACAGCCGAAGCAGAGUAUGUAGCUGCUGCUGCAUGUUGCUCACAAUUGUUGUGGAUAAAACAACAUCUGCGUGACUUAGGCAUAGUUUUAGAAUGUGUUCCUAUAUACUGUGAUAAUACUAGUGCAAUUUUCAUAUCAAAAGAUCCAGUACAUCACUCUCGUGUUAAACACAUUCAUAGAAAAAUUCGAGAAGAUGCGAUUGGAACUCGGAAUGAUAAAGCUAAACUGAGCAGUUCUUCAUGGAACCCCAAGGUUGUUAUGGAUAACGGAAUUGUCCAAGUAACUAUAGCAAUUCCGGGAGGCCACGUGGCUGAAAUUCAGUAUGGUGGAAUGAAAAAUGUGCUGGAUUCCAGUCGCAAAGUAAACAGUAGAGGGUACUGGAAUAUUUUUUGGACAACAGAAGAUACCAAAGGAGAGGAUUGGUUACAUAUGGAAAAUUUCAAAGUGAUAACAGAAGAUGACGAUAAAGUAGAACUUUCGUUUUCAACACAAUGGAGUGGAGAUCAAAAUUCGAUUCCAAUCAAUAUAGACAAGAGAUUUGUAAUGCUUCGAGGUUCCUCCGGCUUAUACAAUUAUGUCGUCUUAGAUCAUGAUCAAAGUUUUCCCGCUACAACACUUUCUCAAAUAAGAGUAGCCUACAAACUUCCAAACAAGUUCAAUUACAUGGCUAUUUCGGACGACAUACAAAAAUUCAUGCCAAUGGAACAAGAUUACAAGAAUGGUCAACCUCUUGCUUACAGAGAAGCCAUUAUAUGGACAAAUAGUUCUGAUCCAACAAUGAAAACCGCGGUCGAGGACAAAUAUCAGUACUCACAAGACAUGAAAGAUCAACAAGUACAUGGAUGGAUAUCCUCUGGAGAAUUUCCGGUUGGAUUUUGGCUCAUCAAAGCGAGUACUGAGUUUUAUUCAGCUGGUCCUUUCAAGCAAGAGCUCACUUCUCAUAUGGGUCCAGUUAGCCUUAUUGACUUUUUCAGUGGACAUUAUGCUGGCCAAAAUUUCCUACUAUCAGUUCAGGAUAGAGAACGUUGGCAAAAGGUUAUCGGUCCUUAUUUUGUUUACUUGAACAAAGCUUCUACUUCGAAUGAUCCUUAUGCACAACUUUGGAGCGAUGCAAAACAACAGUUGCAAAAAGAAAUUGAGAAAUGGCCCUAUGACUUUCCAUCAUCCGAGAUUUAUGCAAAAGUUCAUCAACGAGGAUCUGUUGGAGGUCAAUUGCUCAUUCGUGAUAGAUAUUUGAGUAACGAAUUGAUACCUGCAAGUUCUGCUUGGGUGGGGUUAACCGCGCCUGGUGAACAGGGUUCAUGGCAAACGGAAACAAAAGGCUAUCAGUUUUGGACUAAGGCAGAUAAUGAUGGAAAUUUUAUUAUUAAAGGAGUUCAUGAAGGGGAAUAUAGUCUCUUUGCAUGGGUUCCUGGUUUCUUAGGAGAACAUAAACAUAAUUCAAACAUUUUUGUUCAUCCAGGCGACCAAAUCAAUAUGAACGAGAUUGUGUAUGAGCCACCACGAAAUGGACCUACGCUUUGGGAAAUAGGGAUACCUGAUCGUACAGCAGCAGAGUUUUUUGUGCCUGAUCCAAGUCCUGAAUACAUAAAUCCUGCUCUCCUCAGCAAUGAGAAGAAUAAGUACAGACAAUAUGGUUUAUGGGACAGAUACACCGAUCUAUAUCCUGAUAAUGAUCUGGUUUACACGGUUGGUGUUAGCAAUUCUACAAAAGACUGGUUCUUUGCUCAUGUACCAAGGCGAACAGAGAAUAAGAAUUUACAGCCAGCAACAUGGCAGAUUCAAUUCCCACUUAACAAUGUAAACCCUUAUGGAAGUUAUACAUUAAGAAUAUCAUUAGCAUCAGCAAGUGCUGCUCAACUUCGAGUUCGAUUCAAUGUUAAUCCUACAUCUAGACCACACUUUACAACAAGCAAGAUAGGACUUGAUAACGCGAUUGCAAGGCAUGGAAUUCACGGCUUGUAUUGGCAGUUCAGCUUUGAUGUUUCAGGCACAUUGCUUCAGAAUGGAAUGAACACUCUGUACCUCACCCAAUCGAUUGCUAGUAGUCCUUUCUGUGGUGUUAUGUAUGAUUACUUACGUUUAGAGGGUCCUAGUUCUUAG